AUGGCUCUCGAUCGUUUGAAGCAAGCCGCCUCCCACCUGACUGGCCAGGGCGAGCCACCACAUCCAUUCGACCCUCUCACCGAGGUCGAGAUUGAGCGAGCAGUCGCCGUCGUCCGCAAAGAGCACAGUGAUGUCUUCUUCAACGCUGUUACAUUACUGGAGCCGCGCAAGGCGGAGAUGCUGGUGUGGGUGAAGGACCCCGAACAUACGCCACGACCACAGCGAGUUGCUGAUGUAGUCUGCAUCGGCCGAGGAAGCAAGGUGUACGAUGGGCACGUGAACCUGGACGAGGGAAAGCUACUCUCGUGGGAACUGACGGAUGGCGUGCAACCUCUGAUUACUAUGGAAGAUCUCCAAGUCGUUGAAGCUGUCGUACGAAAAGAUCCCAAGGUCAUUGAGCAGUGCGGCAUCAUCGGCAUUCCUCCGGAAGAGAUGCAUAAAGUGUACUGUGACCCGUGGACGAUUGGCUUCGACGAGCGCUUCGGCACCAAAGUUCGCCUUCAGCAAGCCCUCAUGUAUUAUCGCCCACACGUCGAUGACAGCCAAUACAGCUACCCACUCGACUUUUGUCCCAUCUUCAAUGCCGAUACUCAAGAGAUCAUUCACAUCGACGUACCACCAAUUCGGAGACCACUAAACAGGGCAUCACCGAACAACUACCAUGCGGCUGCUAUCGAGGCAGAAGGCGGCUUCAGGACCGACUUGAAGCCUAUUAAUAUCACGCAGCCGGAGGGCGUGUCGUUCAAGAUCGAUGGCCGACAUAUUAGCUGGGCCAACUGGAAGCUCCACAUUGGCUUCAACUACCGUGAGGGCAUAGUCCUUUCUAACAUUACAUUCAACGACAAGGGCACAGUGCGAGACACCUUCUGGCGACUGUCUCUCGCCGAGAUGGUUGUACCGUACGGUAACCCGGACCACCCACAUCAGCGAAAACACGCAUUCGAUCUAGGAGAGUACGGCGGUGGCUACAUGACCAACUCCCUCAGUUUGGGUUGUGACUGCAAAGGUGCGAUCCACUACAUGGACGCUGCGUUCGUCAACCGCGCCGGAGCUUCAACCACAAUCAAAAACGCCAUCUGCAUUCACGAGGAAGACGCUGGAAUUCUGUUCAAGCACACCGAUUUCCGCGACGAGAGCGUAACAGUAACACGCGGUCGCAAGCUCAUCAUCUCUCAGAUCUUCACUGCUGCCAAUUACGAGUACUGUGUGUACUGGAUCCUCCACCUCGACGGAACAAUUCAACUCGAGAUCAAGCUCACUGGUAUCCUGAACACAUAUGCUAUGCUUCCCGGCGAGGACCUCAAAGGCUGGGGCACCGAAGUCUACCCCGGCGUCAACGCACACAACCACCAGCACUUGUUCUGCCUACGAGUCGACCCCAACAUUGACGGACCCGACAAUACCGUCUUUAUGGUCGACGCUGCACGUGGCGAGGGCGAGGUCGGUAGCGCAGAGAACAAGUAUGGCAACGCGUUCUAUGCAAAGAAGACGAAGCUCAGCACCCCUGAGAAGGCGGCAACGGAUUACAAUGGCUCGAUGAGCAGGACAUGGGAGAUGUGCAACGAGAGUAAGCUAAAUCCGUAUAGCAAGAAGCCAGUAAGCUAUAAAUUGGUGAGCAGAGAGUGCCCGGAGUUGCUGCCGAAGCCGGGUGGGUUGGUCUGGAAGAGGGCGGGUUUCGCGCGACACGCUGUGCAUGUCACAAAGUACGAUGAUACACAACUCCACCCAGCAGGUCGCCACGUCCCACAAACCUCCGGAGAACCUUCGCAAGGUAUCCCUGCUUGGAUCGAAGCAAACCCGACCGCCAACCUCGAGAAUACCGAUGUUGUGCUCUGGCACACAUUCGGCAUCACGCAUUUCCCGUCCCCAGAAGACUUCCCAAUCAUGCCUGCUGAGCCCAUGACAUUGCUCCUGAGGCCCAGGAACUUCUUCACCAGGAACCCGUGCCUUGACAUCCCACCGAGCUAUUGCAGCGUACCGAGUGGUGUAAAGCAGGGUAGUACGCUAGUCGACAAGAUUAGCAAGCUGGCGUUUGGGGAGCAGAAAGCGGAGAGUGAGUCUGCGGCUUGCUCACAAGGUCGUGACCCAGCCCUCGAGAAUGCGCCCGCGUACACCGACUGUCACCUCCCCGAACCCGCAAUGCCCCGCGCAUUCCCACCCGUAGAACAGAACGGCAAAGAAAAGCGACCAAAUGUUCCAAAAAGCACACUCUCUGCCUCUUUGAUCGAAAGCGUGGCCGGUUUCAGCGCUGGCGUGGUGUCCUGCUUGGCUGCACAUCCUCUUGAUCUCCUCAAGAAUAGGUUACAACUGAACACUCAGAGCAGAUCGCGACCUGGUGAUUCAUAUCGCAUAUUACGAAAUGUAAUUAAAGAUGAGGGCGGCGUCAAGGCGCUGUAUAGAGGGCUAUGGCCGAAUUUACUGGGUAACAGCUUAGGCUGGGGCUUAUACUUCUUGUUCUAUGGGAACUUGAAAGAAUUGUUUCAGAGCCGGAGGAAGAAGGGGGAACAUUUGGGCAGCGCAGAGUUCUUCUCUGCAAGUAUCAUCGCUGGUCUUCUGACAGGCGCGUGCACAAACCCCAUCUGGGUCGUGAAAACACGCAUGCUCGAGCGCGGCGCAAACCACCCUUCUGCAUACAAAUCCAUGUCCUACGGCCUAAGUCACGUCUACGAAACCCGCGGCCUCAAAGGCCUCUGGGCAGGCUUCGUUCCCUCCUCACUCGGCGUUCUGCACGGUGCGGUACAAUUCAGCAUAUAUGAGAAUAUGAAGAAGCGACGAGGAACUCAGGUGGGCGGACAAGAGAAGUUGAGUAACUGGGAGUACGUGUACAUGAGUGGAGGAAGUAAGCUGCUCGCCGGGGCGAUUACGUAUCCGUACCAGCCGAUUAGGGCAAGGUUACAACAGUAUAGUGCUGCGCAGAAGUACAGCGGGCUUUGGGAUGUACUGAAUAAGACAUACCAUAACGAGGGGUUUCUGGCGUUCUAUAAGGGGGUGCUUCCUAACACUCUUCGAGUCAUUCCCACAACGAUUGUGACGUUUGUAGUUUACGAGAACACGAAGCUGUAUCUACCCAAAGUUUUCCUCGACGAUGAAGAACAAGGUCACGACGAAGAUUAG